UUGGUCAGGGUCAAAUAACUCUCAUUGUUCUCUAGUCCUUUUUUGUUUUUAUUGUUCAUAAAAAUGCUUAAUUUCAAUAGGUAAAAACUGCAAUGAUAAAGCUCUGUUUAUGUGGCUCUGGCCCUCAUUACCACUCAUGUUAAUGUAGUGGUGCUAUAGGGUCCAACUAGGCCUUAAUGAGAGGAUUCAUUCUUGGUUAUGAAUCGAUCACCAGAGGAAGUAAGGAACAUUUAAUCAACUUCAAGAACACAUUUAAUACAAUUUGAUAUAGUAAGACUUUUUUUCUAAAGCAUCACUGAGGAAAUUAACAUUUUACACAGAACAGGGAAGUGAGGAAGAACACCCUCUCAAUGUAUACUAUCUGGGUAGUAGGUGUGGACUUAAGCGUAUAGGGGAGAGAGAAUAUUGUGAGUUAGGGUUUUGUUUCCAGGAAGUGGGUUGAGUUAUUUAUAUUUCAACACUUGUCCUCUAGUACCCAGUGGAGGACCUGUGUUCGUAACCUGAAACUUUAUAUUUAAACAUUGUCUUAUUCUAGAUGUGUUGCAGUGAACACAACUACUGUGGGAAUUAGACUGAGAGGAACAAGUGAAGGUUUAUGGCAGAAAAUCAAAAAACAUAUACAAUUGGAUGGAUAGAGAGUGACCCUGAGAGAUCCUCUCUUUGUUGGAGAACAUUGUAAUGAAGAUCCAUGAGAAGAUUUUAACCCAUUACCUAUCCUGCACCUCACCGAUAGAUAAAGAAGGAUACCUCUACAAAAAGAAAGAGAGGACCUCCUCCUACCAGAGGCGCUGGUUUGUCCUGAAAGCCAAUCUCCUGUUCUACCAGGAGCGUCCGGCAGAUCGAGACCUGCUGUGGGUUAUUGUCCUAGAGGGCUCUGCUGUCCAGCGCUGUGAGUCUGAGGGAGGACUGUUUGCCUUCUCCAUGGUGUUCAGAGGUUCAGGGCUGAAAACCUACAGGCUUGCUGCUGAGGACCAGCUGGGCCAGGAGAGCUGGGUCAAAGCCCUGCUCACAGCCAGCCACUGCUACCUUUCACUGCUGGUCAGAGACCUGGGGAAGCAGUACGAAGAGGCUAAACGCCAAGCUGGCCCUGCUGAAUCCCAUCCACAAACCACUGUGACUGGUCCAGGCUCAAUGUGCCUUACCCAAUCCAUGACUUACCUGAACUCAUGCUCCUCCUCCUUCCUCAUGCCAGGACCAGAGAGGAGAGAAGGGGGAAGCCACAGUGCCAGUAAUCUAUUACAAGCCCCUCCAAUCCCCAGCAACGUGAUCAAUAAGAGGUCCCCUAAGCAUUGGCCCAAGAGAAACGCACAUGUCACACCGAUAAAUGGACCAGCACCACCAUAUGGGGAAUGGCCACAAGUGGACUUUGAUCCUCUAGAGGAUUUCACCAAGCUACAUGAUUACUAUGGAGAGGAGGUGAAGCAGCUGAGAGCUGAUUCGCUGAGGAGGAGGCAGGAGGAAGAGGAGCACCUUGAGGAGGAUCUCAUUGACCUGAGUGAACACUGACCCACAGAGAUCAGACAGUCACCACUCUGGUUAUUUUGAUUAGGACUUUGGUGUGAAUGCCAGUAAUCUGAAAUGAGAAAGGGACUUUAUAAUUUGAGGAACUAGAGCAUUAAAGAAGAACUAGUCACCAAGUUCAUCAUGAUGGGAUUAUAGUCCUAUGAAGUUGAUGAUGACCCUCAGAAUGUCUUGUCACAAAGCAGAGACUCAUCAUCAAACUCAUAGGACUAUCACCCUUAGUGGUGUUGCAAACAACCGGAUGCAUCCGGUUCUCAGGGAUACAGCCCUGAUGUGGGAACUCUGCUCUUUUGUUUCUUUUAUACACAGGUGACUGGUUCCUCUUAAACUCUCUAGUUCCUCAAAUGAUAGUCACUUACUUAUUUCAGAGUACUGGCACGCCUACUGGUUUGUCUGUUACUGUUUGUAAAUUAUCAUUAAAAUCACUGGUAUAUGUUCUAGGUAA